CCACACCCAAAAAAACACAACCUUUAAACUCAAACUCGUUCCUCUCCCAACUCAGCCAUGGCGUCCAUCCACGCCAUAGCUCCCCAGAGCUUCCUCAACCUCCCAAACCCCAAACCCAGAAAACCCAUCACCCCCCACUCAAAACCCACUUCAAGUUCCAAUCUUUACACCCUUAAACCCCCAAAGACCCAAUCUUUCCCCUCAAGGAAACCCACCCGGGUCCUCACCUCCGUCGCCGACCACCACCAUGACGUCAUCCCGGUACAGAGCUCCGACUGCGUUGACCAGCAGGAAGGGAUGGUGGUGAGCAGGGCAGAGUGUGAGGGUGUGGAGAGCGAGUUGGCGAGUCAGGUUGGUGGGUUUGGGGCGAGUGAGGGGAGGCUCUCGUUUGAAGGGGCUGGUGGGUUUGGGUCUUCUUCUUCUGGGGUUGGAAAUGAGAGAGGGAAUGAGGAGUUAUAUAGGCUUGUGGAUAGGAGUAUUAAUGCCACUAUUGUGCUUGCUGCUGGCAGUUUUGCUCUUACUAAGUUGCUUACUAUUGAUCAGGAUUAUUGGCAUGGAUGGACUAUAUAUGAGAUCUUAAGAUAUGCACCUCAACAUAAUUGGACUGCUUAUGAGGAAGCACUUAAGGCUAAUCCAGUUUUAGCCAAAAUGGUAAUUAGUGGUGUUGUAUACUCUCUCGGUGACUGGAUUGCACAGUGCUUUGAAGGAAAACCUUUAUUUGAGUUCGACCGGGCACGAAUGUUCAGAUCUGGGCUUGUUGGCUUUACUCUCCAUGGUUCCCUAUCGCACUAUUAUUACCAGAUUUGUGAGGAGCUUUUUCCUUUCCAAGGCUGGUGGGUGGUUCCUGUCAAAGUAGCCUUUGACCAAACUAUAUGGGCAGCAAUUUGGAACAGCAUUUACUUUACAGUUUUGGGAUUUUUGCGUCUUGAAUCUCCUAUCAAUAUAUAUAGUGAACUGAAAGCGACAUUCUGGCCAAUGCUGACUGCAGGUUGGAAGCUGUGGCCAUUUGCUCAUCUUGUUACCUAUGGUCUGAUCCCCGUCGAACAAAGGCUCUUAUGGGUGGACUGUGUAGAGUUAAUUUGGGUGACUAUUCUAUCAACUUAUUCAAAUGAAAAGUCGGAAGCAAGGAUUUCUGACGCACCAGCUGAAGCAAGUUCCAACUCUCCAAACAUAAGUCCUCUUGAGGAGUAAAAUUUAAAAAAAGACCAGAGUACAAGGGAGGAUUACUGACAAGUUGAGGAGUGAAAUCCUCUUCAUGGUGUUCUGUGGCUUGAGAGGUGUAAGUACCUAGAUUUGUGGAAAGUAGCCUGGCCGGGCUGAUUUAUAUGGUAUAUAGAUACUGCACAUAUCUCAGAACUCCCACAUGUAUGCUAAGUGACAUAGUUUCCCCUACUAUAUUGAUGACGAUUCGUCGUACAUAAUCUUAGAAAAUUCAACUAAUUUAUGUAAAUCCAUCCGAAAAAUACAGUAGAUGAAUGUGAUUUACAUAGUUUAGUUGAAUAGGAAUCAUUUUGGAUCGGAAUACUUUCUCAUAUUAUACUGCAGGAUUGAAACAAUUAUUGGAAGAGGAACAGUAGGAUUGGCUGUUUCCAGAUAGAUGAAGGGGUUCCAGACUUCCAGUAGAGAAGUUUACAGUACAUAAUACGUGAUUGUGUUUAGUAAAAUAUAUAUCGUCCUUAUUCUCAGAGCUC